UAGGGGAGAAAAGAAAUGGCAAACGAAGUUCUAAAAUGGAGCAUUUGAAAUCCAAAAUCACUCCUCACCUCUCUUUUACAUUUUUCCUAUUUUCCCUCAACACAAAAAAGAAGAAAACUAUGAAUUUUUUUUCUUUGUGUUGGAAAUUCAAGUUUGAGCUGAAUUUCUUCGAGUUUGAGUUGGGGGGUACAGUUGAUUAUUUAUGCCCAGUUUUGUUGUUUUUAUUGGUUUGAUUUCUGAAAAAAAUGAGUUUCAAUGUAAAGGUUAUUCAAAAUUUUGUCUGGAAAAUCAUUAGAUUUUCUGGAAGUUGUAGUUAUAAAUUUGUAAGAAGAUAUCCAGUUGUGGCAGGGUUUUUUAUCUUUGUUCUCUUCGUGUAUGUAUGUUUUCCUUCUUAUUUCUACAUUUUGAUGUAUUCUUCGCCGAUUUUUAUCUGCACUGCAAUUUCAAUCCGAUUUUAUUGGAAAACCAAACGUCCGGAAGUCCAAAUGGUUCAUAAGAAAGACAGCGAGGAGAGAUCAUCUGCAGAUGUAAAUAGAUCAAAAGUCCCUUCAUUACGACCCCAGAAAAGUGUUCGACGAAAUGCUCGAAAGGAAGUCCUACAAUGGGAUAGAAACGAUAGUCCGGAUAGUAACUUGCUUUUUGGGAGUGGUAUUAAUGAUAUUCUGUCUGAUAAAUCCAAUUUAUUGGAAGAAAAUUCGAGGUCCUUAAAUGUGAAAGGAAGUUCUAAUGUGGAACACGGAGAGAGUUCUUCCCAGAACGAGAAGCGAAAUGAUCAAGCACUUAAUGACCCGAAAUCGCUCCUUGAUAACGAGACUCUGAAACCUCAUAGCGUGUCAGGUGAUAGCUUUGGAGGGCAAUCAGGUAAAAGUCCUGUUGGUGGUGGUGGUGGUGGUGGUGAGGUUGAGAAAGAAAGAUUGGAAAAAAGGAAAGAUGUGAAGGAGAUAAAAGUGCGGGAAGAUCGAGAUAAGGCAGUGGAAUGGACAAAGGAUGAUGAGAAGCAUCUAAUGGAUCUCGGGUUAACCGAGGCGGAAAGAAACAAAAGGCUGGAAAGUUUGAUUGCAAAACGUAGAGCAAGAAAGAUGUUCAAAAUGGCAAUUGAGAAAAGCCUGAUGGACAAGGGUAUUGUUCCCCAUAAUCAUAUUGCUCCCAUUCUAAUAGUUAAAAACAACAUUCUUGGUUGUUCAAAUCAUGCUAAUGAAGAAGUGUUACAAAUGCCUGGUUCUGCUCCUUCCAUCUUGUUGCCUACACAGAAUCCAUUUGACUUACCUUAUGAUCCAUUUGAAGAAAAACCAAAUCUUACGGGUGAUAGUUUCCAACAAGAGUUCAUGGCUGUCAACCAAAGGGAUAUGCUUUUCUGCAGGCACGAGAGCUUCCACCAUGGACCUUUGUUUACAUUCGAAACCACUCAAGAUUCUAUUAAUGAUCCGUUUAAUCCCUACUAUAGUGCUGAGAAAAGGCUUGUAGGGGGUCCAGCAGUUGAUAGAUUCAGAAAGGCAGAUGAUGAAGGAGGUCACCACCAGAAUAAUUCCCGUGGUUUUGGAAGUGACAUUGAUCUUAUUGAGCUGGAAGAGUCCAUUAACAAUGACACAAUUAACUCAUUGGAAGAGAAAAGUGAAGAGAUUACAGAAAGUGCCAAUGAUAAGACUGAAAUAGGAGAAACUAAUGAAAACCCUCAUGAUCUGAGUGGAAGUGAAAUGAGAGUGGAGAUAGAUUCAACUAAAAACAAUGAUUCCUGCUACUCAGCAUCUUCAUCUGAUGACUCUGAGUCAGGCCUAGAUCAAACAGCAAAACCUCUGUCACUGUGUACUAAUCAAGUCCGAAAGGCUUUUAAUCUUUCAAUUCCUCCCAAGGGGAAAGCUGUGACCAAGCUUCCUUUUGAUUCCAGCCCAUCUCCGCGUAGGACUGAGUUUAAUUUGUUUUACAAUACAUAUAGGCGACAGAGUCAUACUCGAAACUGUUCCAUAGCUUCUGACUUGCAAGUUGAGGUUUCAGAAGUCGGGUCAACUACAUUAUCAACUGAUGGAACCAGUUCACCCGUAGAAGGUUCAGUUACAUAUGAUGGGGAUGUUGAAAGGGAUAUAAAUUCUGACAAUGAAGAACUGUGGGGAGGUUCAUUUAACUUAUCAAAAGAGGCAAAUCAAGAAAAACUGAGAGAACUAGAUGAUAUUAUUGAAGAGGAUUCUGUUGAAGUGAAGGUUUCUGGUUUAAACAAGAAACCUGAGGAACCAAUUGCUUCAAUCUCUCCAUCUGAACUGGAAAAGGCUUCCAAUGUUUCAGAUAAAUUAUCACCUGAAAAUCCAGGAAAACCGGUGCAGUUAAGGGGGAAGUCAGUCAUUCAUUCACCUUCCGAGUCUUGUUUCCAGAAGCCAGAGCAAUUUAUUGAUCCUCAACAGAAGCCUACGGAAGAGAACAUCAUUUGUAAUGUGAAGCCGAUAACUCAAGGAGAUGCUAACAGUUUAGAGCCGAAAUCAUCUGAAACCAAAGCCAAUGGGGCCCAAGCAUUGAAUGAACCUGCAGCUUUAGGAGAGAUGGGAAAACCAGAUGACGCAAUUAAUUUAGAUUCAAGCGGUUACAAGCAUGGAAACAAAGAAACAUCUUAUGAGUAUAAACGAACUGUAGAAUCUGAAAAGAAGAUGGAGGAAAACCAACCUUCAAAGUAUAUUGAAGAAGGUACUUGCAAAUCAACUAAGCAUGGCACUGGGGAUGCACCGAGUUCUGUUCAAAGAAAAUACCAACCUUCAAAGCAUUUUGAAGAAGAUGCUCAAAACUUAAUUGAGUAUAAUACUGGGAAUGCGCCAAAUGCUGUUCAAAGCAUAGAUGAGUUGGAAUCUAUUCCAGCUAGUGGGGUUAAUCAAAAUAUUCUGGAGGAUAAUGUUUCUGGAGUGGAACAAAGAUUAGGAGGUUCUAUUGCAGUGGCUCCAAAUCGAAGAUUGGAGCUUGAGCAAACUUAUCUCAGCUCAGGUGCCUCUCCGAGAUCUGUGUUACCACAAAAUAUCCUGGCAGAUCAAAUACCUGUAUCAGACAUUGAGCAACGAAGACAAACAGAUUGGCCAGGAUCUGUUACAGAAGACAUAGUGAGGGAAAAUUCAGCAGACAAUCAACCACAUGAGAACUCAACUUUUAACAUGCCCCGAAGUACACAGCGGUUGGCUGAGAAUUCAAUACAGGACUCAUCCAGUAAUUCCGGUCCUGCAACAUCAGAGGAAUCGUCUUGCGUGACAAAGAAGAGAACUGAUGGUAGCACUGCCCAUAAUAUGAAUGAACUUGUCUUAGAAGGCACACAAGGCAAUGACGGUUCCUUAAAAUCCAGUAAAGAUGAAUCUAAAACUUUGACAAGUUCAGAGGACACGGAAGAACUAUCAAAAACAUCUGGUGAAAGUAAUUUUGAUUCUAUUGAGCAUCUUGGAGGAUCAGAAAAACUGAUUGAACACAACACUAGAACUGAUUCAUCAAAAUCAAAAGAAGGAAAUGCUAAAACAGAUGACCCUAAAACCAUGGUGAGAGAAAAGUCCGCAGCAGAAGUUGAUCGUGUUUGCAAUGUGAAAGACUCGUUAACCAAUAAGGUAACCAACAUUGAGAGCUCGAACCCUGUUCUUGAUGGUGAGGGUCAGCACCAAAUAUUAAGUAGGCAAAAGGCUGUCGUGGAACCAUCAAAGACCAGUGGGGCAACUAGUGCAGGAUCUGAUAAAGAUACCAAACAUGAAUCCGCAACAUUAACCAAAGCUGAAGCCAAUGCUGGACUAUCAACUUCAAAAGGAGAAAGUAACAGCUCGAACAACAUCAAAAAUGGCGGAGAUACACAAAAAUUGAGCGGUCAAGAACGUCUCUCAGAUGCCUCACAAUCAAGGGAGGAGAAUCUCAACAAGGCCAUUAGUGAAAGCAUCUCAGGAGUAGAUAGCACUGCAACGACAGGCAUAUCAAUAGACCACAAGAUCGCCACAGAAGCAUCAAAACCGAAAGAACCCGAAGUCAAGGCUGUCAACACCAAGGAAAAUGAUAGCAAUGAAGUGGCAAAAUGAGGCAAUAUAACAAUAUUGACACACCUAGAAACCAUCAGUUCGAGGACAGCAAACAGUUACACUAACUUUCACCGUAGAAAAAAGCUGAAACUCUUCCAUGAAUCAAUGUAAGCAGUCAGAUACUGUAAUCUUGAACAUAUGGACAAUACUAGGAUAUACAUAAAGUAGAACUGCAAAUAUAUAGUCAAAUUUAUAUAUAUAUAUAUAUAUAUACCAAAAAUUCCAUUUACCUUGAA